GCUUACUUUAACAUUUUCUUUUUGGGUUCUAUUUACAGUGUGAAACUUGAUGAUAUACAAUUUAUUAAGCAUUAACACAUAUAUCCCAAAGUCAUGUCAUCGUUGACUGAGGUUAUCUCCGUCAUUUGUGUAUUUCAAUCACGUGUCUACGUCUUCUUCUUCUUCGUCUUCCAUCUAUGUGCUUAUUCCAGAGUUGCACUCCAAAAAGGGAAAAACAAAAAUAGCUGCUAAAAAUAAAUAAUCCCAGCCACCGUCGGGGGUAAUUCCGUAAUUUUUCUUUUUAUCAGAACUUCAUUCCCGCGGCGUAGGCAGAAGGGUAAUUCAGUAAAUUAAGUGAUCGCCGGUGGAUGAAUAAGGUCCACUCCCUCACACCGGAGUGAAUUUCGCGGUGUUCUCUCCUUCCCAGCCAAAAAAAAAAGAAAAAAAAAAUCAUGAAAACUAGUCGCUGCGGUGGAGAACACGGCCACCACCACGAGGCCCUAAAGUUUUCCCGUUUCUUUUUCAUGCCGGAGCGGCCACGUGAUUACCUCGUGCUAUUCACUCGCUUCUUCGUCAUAACCUGUCUCAUCGUCUCCAUCUCUCUGGUUCUUCGCGCCACUUUUUUAUCCUCAUCCGCCUCGGACUAUUCGUCCUACGGUCUCCGUUUCCCCGCCGUGCCUCAGAAAGCCCUAGCUCUCCCACCGGCCAGAUCCGUCGGGCCGAUCAAUAUCUCCCACAUCCAGUUCUGUAUCGCCGGAGCAGCCGAGACCUGGCUCGAUCGGAGCCUGUACACCUCCUUGUGGUGGCGCAAUUCCACCCGUGGAUUCGUCUGGCUCGAUAAACCGGUGAAGAUCCCCAGAAACCACUCCGAUACCCGUUUCUCGAUCCCGAUUCGAGUUUCCGAUCCAGGAUGGACUCGAUUCAGAUACUCCAGCUCGAGAGCUGCGGUUCGGAUUGCUCGGAUAAUCUGGGAUAGUUACCGGCUAAAUCUCCCGGAUGUGCGGUGGUUGGUGAUGGGAGAUGACGACACUGUCUUCUUCACCGAUAAUCUCGUUAAGGUCCUCUCCAAGUACGACCAUGAGCAGAUGUGGUACAUCGGCGGAAACUCGGAGAGCGUCGAGCAGGACGUGAUGCACGCCUAUGACAUGGCGUUCGGCGGCGGUGGUUUCGCCGUUAGCCGUCCACUGGCGGCGCGUUUGGCCGCCGCGAUGGACAGUUGCCUCCAACAGUAUUUCUACUUCUACGGGUCGGAUCAGAGAAUCGCGGCCUGCGUUAGCGAGAUCGGCGUUCCGUUCACCGAAGAACGCGGUUUUCACCAGCUUGACAUAAGAGGAGAUCCAUACGGGUUUCUAGCGGCGCAUCCAUUGGCACCGCUUGUAUCGCUGCACCACCUCGAUUACUUAGACCCAAUGUUCCCUAACAAAAACCCCAUCGAGUCUUUACAAACCCUUAUGAAACCUUAUACCUUAGACCCGCAUCGAAUACUCCAACAGGUUAAUUGCCAUGACCGCAAGCGUCAAUGGUCCAUAUCCAUCUCUUGGGGAUACUCCGUUCAGAUCUACACUUACUUCUUGACCGCUAAGGAGCUAGAUACGCCGUUGCAGACUUUCAAAACCUGGCGGUCUUCGAGCGAUGGACCUUUCACCUUUAACACCCGGCCCUUGAAACCUGACCCGUGUGAGCGUCCCCUCACUUAUUUCAUGGACGGUGCAGAGGAUGUGCGGGAUAGUGGGACGAAAACUUGGUAUAGCGUAGCGGAUAAGAAGUAUGGUCAUUGCGGAAAGAGUGAGCAUUCUCGGGUUACCAAAGUGAAGAGGAUAUUGGUGACUUCAAUGAAGACGGAUCCUGAGUAUUGGAACAAGGCACCACGGAGACAGUGUUGCGAGGUGUUGGAAGGAAUAAAGGAGAAAGAAAUGUCUAUAAGGAUACGGAAGUGCAGAUCUACGGAGAAGAUAUAAAAACAAUGUUUACGAUAUAUAUCUUUGCACAUAUAUACGACUUUAGAUUCGAUUAUAGUUGGUCUCUAAAUACAAGAAAUUACGAUUUAUAUCUAUUAUUAAUUACCGGGACUCUUGUGUAUUUUCAGACUUUUCAGUAUGCAAACAACUUUUUUGUGUAUUAAUAUUCAAAAUAAUAUUGACUUCAAACCCGAUAGUUCAGUAAGUUUUGUAUUUCAUGAUUUCUCCC